AAGUCUGGGAAGGCUCACGGAAGCAGAAAACGACCUCGGGCACCUGGGACUGCGUGCAAUGGAAGGCUGGCAUCUCCCUAUCCUUAUGCUCUGUCUCCUGUUCUGCGAGGUUUCUGUUGCUGUGUAUAAGCAGUGGAUUCCAAACACCAAUUUUGAAGAUGCUUCCAACUGGGACAAAAACCGAACUCCAAGCGAGACUGACAUUGUCAUGUUUGACAGCAAUAAGGUGGUCUCUGUAUAUGUUGCGAGCGCUCACAUUCUCACAGGCGCACACCUCCCUCUAGAUGGAGAGUUUAUCUUGGCUCCUGGUGCUGGCUUUGCGGCAAUUAAUGAAGCCUCUGAUCCCAGCCCAGAUUCAGAUCACAACAUCCACUUCUUAAAUGCCGAUCGGUACAGCUGGUAUGACCCCUCCUUGUGGCAUACAGACCUAGAAAACAGUGACCACCUCUUCUCUGUGGAUGCUGAACUUAUCCCCUGUCGCCAUGAUGAUGUCAUCUUCCCACCAGAAACCUCCUUCCGUGUGGACCUGGGGGCUGGUGGCCGGACCAUCAGCCUCCAUAGUAUAUCCAUUCUGGGCCAGAAGUUCAACACGGACCAGGAGCUGGCUGCCUACCUGGCCAGCAGCACUGGGAAGUUACAAUUCCAUGGAGCUGGUUCUUUGAGGUUGGCUCCCUAUCCCUGCGAGGACCCUUCGGGCUGUGAGUGUGGUAAUGAUGAGGUCGAAGCCUGGAUCUGUGCCUUUGUGCUCCAGACCUUCGGAGGUCGCUGUCCCAAGCCUGCAUGCCAAGGAGCCCUGAGGCCCGUGGGCCAGUGCUGUGAGGUCUGUGGAGCCCUGCUCUUCCUCAACUACACCCAGGCCUUUGAUCUCCAGCAGUACAAACAGAGGCUGCUCCAUACCUUCCUGGACCUGGUAGUCCCCAGGCCUCGGGGGGUGCGCAUGGCCAUCUCAAAAGUACGCAGGGCGCCCACACUGCGAGGGUCAGGGCACACAGCACGUGGGAAGCGACAGGCCGAGAGCAUGACCCAGAUCCAGCUGGUGCUGACUGAUGAUGGAGCCGGGCCCGAGGCAGGAAAGGCAGCUGCAGAUGUGGCCCAAGACAUCCUCACUGAUGUAGCUGAGCAAGGGGCAGCCUUUGGAGUCCUUCAGGGAUAUGUGGAGUAUUCAGGCAGCAGUGGUUCCACAGGUGGGCUCACCGGAGCAAGCCCAACCUCAGGGCCGGUGACUGGCCCGGCUAUUUUCUUGGUCCUGGGGCUGAUGGUUCUGCUUGGGGGUCUCCUGCUCAUUCACUGGACUGGACAGGUCAGGCUGUGGACCCUGCCGAUCCCCACUCUGUGGCAGAGAUCAGAACCUACAUCAGACCAAGGGAACCAAAACUUCGACAACCCCAUUUUCGGCAAUCCAGCCCCUCCCUCUCUGCUGGACCCUGGCCCUUCCGUGGAAGCGGUUUUGGAAGACACCGAUUCUCCGACAAGCCCCAGCAGGGACAGUGGCAGCUACUUCAUUAACCCCUUGUUUGAAGCAGAUGUCUAAGGCCCUCCUGCCCUUGGCCCUCGGUUCCGUGAGACCCUGGGAGCCUGGCCUGUGUGGAGAGGAGGGAACUUCC